AAAAAGGAAAAAACAAAAGCAGCAGGGGCGUGUGGAUUUAAUUUUUUGUUUCAUUUAUAAAGAUCAUUUGCGUCAUGUUAAGAGUUCUGAAAAACAGAAAAGUUAUUUGCGAUUCAGUUCACAGCCGAUUGGCGUCGUCGUUACGGUCGAACACUACCCACCAAGUCCCAACCAGUGCUUCUCUCAGAAGUUUGAAUUCAGUGUCGCUGGCUACAAUGUCGAAGAUGCCUCCUCCUAUUGAAUAUAACAUUGUCUUGCCUCGCCUGGGACGGUCGUUCUUGCGCAAAGAUUGGAGCCUUCCUAAUCAACAGCAAACAACUCAAGGCCAGUACUGGAACUUUCAAACAGCGUUCCAGAAUGGCGGUACUACUCCUCGAGUCGUGUACGUAAACUCAGAAGCAGGUCUCAACAAGUACAUGCAUGAACUCCAAUCUUCGCCGGUACUGGGUUUCGACAUGGAGUGGACUUAUCGGACACCAGUGAGCAUGAUUCAGAUUUGUACGAGUAAACUUAUUCUUCUUGUACACCUGACUCGUAUGCGCAUUUAUUCCCCUGAGUACUUUCCUCGGAGACUGAAAGAAUUGAUGGAGUCUCCGGAUCACAUUAAAUGUGGUGUCGCUAUUCAGGGUGACGCUACUCGACUGCUGAAGGCAUUCCAGGUUUCCUCGAAGGGACUCUGCGAACUCAGUCGGUAUGCUCGUGCUGUGGAUCCAGAGACCUGGAUCGGCAAUCCACGCACUUCAGGCAAUCGUCUUAUUGCCCUUACAAAACUGGCCCAUCAAUAUCUUGGUCUCCCUCUCGACAAAGGACCCGUUCAAGUCUCCAACUGGGAUCAGGGCAAGCUGAAAGCAAGUCAAUUACAAUACGCAGCCAUUGAUGUGUAUGCAAGUCUUCAAAUCUUCUUGGAAUUGGAGCGUAUGCGACAACAGAAACUCCCGCAACUCGAAUCUUACACGCUUGAUUUCCCAUUCAUUAAUGUUCCCGUCCCCAAAAAAACAGCAAGCAAGGUUCGCUCUGCUUAGUCUUUUCAUGCACCAUUUCAACGUCGCCAUCCCCGCCUGUUCUUUUCCCUAUAACGAUACCUUCGCAUCAUUUUCUUCCUCCUCUCAAAAACAACUACCACUCUUUCCGUAUAUCCAUAAUUUUGAAGUGUUUUCUGUUCUCGUUUCUUAAUGAAAUUUCAUCAAUAUAAUUAGGUCAUAACUUUAACAAUGCCUUACUGAGAGAAUCG